GUUGAUAUUUAUUUUUGUUAGGAGAUUCGGUUAGUGUUCUAGCGUUGGGGAAGUGAAGAGAGUUUGUGGAUAAUAAUGUUGAUAACUGUUAGGGAAGCUUCUUGUUCUUCUCCCCUCAAUUUCUGGCUUAAUCGUUUCAAACCAAAACCCUCUAAACCAUUCAAAACAUCCAUUUGCCAAGCCAGUUUCUCUGUCCAAAGAACACCCACCCAUUCAUGGAAAACUCGGCAUCUCUCAACCUGCAGUGAUGAAGCACACUUUGAUCCCUUGGGUAUCAACUCAAGUUUACCUUCUGCUCUGAAUUCUACCUGGGAAAAUCUGUUGUGCUUGUUUACACAACCAUUUGAGAGUUCUUCGAGUACAGAAAAGGGAAAACCUAACAGCUCACAAGGGGUGGCAGCUGCAAUAGAGAAUAGUUCAAUAGAUUUUGGUGACUUUUUUAAAGGUCCACUUCCAGGGAAGUUUCUCAAACUUUUAGGGUUUCUUGCCUUGUCACGGCUCGGAGUUUACAUACCCCUAGGUGGAGUUAAUAGGGAUGCUUUUGUUGGAAAUUUAGAUCAGAACAGUUUGUUAAGCACUUUGGACUCGUUUUCUGGUGGUGGUAUUGGUAGACUCGGGGUAUGCUCCCUUGGUAUUGUUCCCUUCAUCAAUGCACAGAUUGUUUUCCAGCUUCUUGCACAAAUAUAUCCCAAAUUGCAAGAUCUUCAAAAGAGAGAAGGUGAGGCUGGAAGAAAGAAAAUUCUGCAGUACACUCGAUAUGCUUCAGUCGGAUUUGCCAUUGUGCAGGCAAUCGGCCAAGUUCUUUACCUACGUCCCUAUGUCAAUGACUUUUCUGUAGAGUGGGUUCUUUCUUCUGUAAUCUUAUUGACUCUUGGCUCUGUGUUUACAACAUAUAUUGGGGAACGAAUUACAGACCUAAAACUUGGGAAUGGCACCUCUCUUUUGAUAUUCACGAACAUUAUAUCCUACUUGCCAGCUUCUUUUGGUAGGACAAUUGCACAAGCAUUUAAUGAUGCUAACUACGUUGGACUUGCUACCAUUAUAGUGUCCUUCGUCUUUUUGGUGGUUGGUAUCGUUUAUGUUCAGGAAGCAGAGAGAAAAAUCCCUAUUAACUAUGCUUCUAGAUACACCAGCAAAACCACUGGACUUGAAAAGUCCGCUUACCUACCCUUUAAGGUAAAUAGCUCUGGAGUAAUGCCUAUAAUCUUUUCUACGUCGUCAUUAGCUCUUCCUGGUACUUUAGCACGCUUCACUGGUUUAACUGCUUUAAAGAAGGCUGCGGUGGCAUUAAAUCCAGGAGGUUCCUUCUACCUUCCAUUCAACAUACUGUUGAUAGCCUUCUUCAACUAUUAUUACACUUUCCUACAACUGGACCCUGAUGAUGUGAGUGAACAACUGAAACGACAAGGUGCUUCAAUUCCACUCGUCAGACCAGGCAGAAGUACAGCUACAUUUAUCAAAACAGUUCUUAGUAGAAUAUCAGUUCUGGGUUCAACAUUUUUGGCUAUCUUGGCUGCUGGUCCAGCAGUUGUAGAACAGAUCACUCACUUGACUGCAUUUCGGGGAUUUGCAGGAACUUCUGUUCUUAUUCUUGUUGGUUGUGCAACAGACACGGCAAGAAAAGUUCAAGCUGAGAUUAUAUCCCAAAAGUACAAGAACAUAGAGUUCUAUGAUUUUGAUAAAUAUUGACCGCUUAAAGGAUUAUUUACAAAACUAGAAAAGUUCUGCCACAUGAUUCUCCCCAGAGGAAAUGCUGCUAAAAGCCACCCGUCGUACAACAGUGUAACUUACAUUUUAUAUCGGCCUGUAAAUAAUGCUGUAGAGCAGCCAUUUGCUUUAUUUAUAGUUGGAAUGAUUGCUCGAAAGUCAAUCCGGUUUGGUGGUUUUGGUAGCAUGUAGCACCCCGUCAUCAUUUGUUGCAAUUAAUUAGCGUAUUAUUGGCA